AUGGCAGCUGACCCGGACGCUGCGUGUGCCUAUCUCAGCAGCAUGGUCAACCGGACCCUGCAUCUUCACACUUCCGAUGGACGCAUGUUCGUAGGCCAGAUGAAGUGUACCGACAACGAGAGCAACAUCAUCCUUGCCAUGACAUACGAGUACAGAGAGCCUUCGGAGGCCGACAUCAAGCGAGCGACGCAAAGACAUGAGCAGUCUGGACAAGUGGGCAAUGUCAAGGUCGACAUGAAGAAACGCUUCGUCGGGUUGGUGGUGGUGCCUGGGCAGUAUAUCACGAAGAUCGAGCUGGAAACGUACGGGAGCAGCAGCACUUCUGGCUAG